CGGAGGAAGAGCGGCGGGAGGGGAACGGCCCCAGAAGGAAACGACAGAGGCGGCGCCCCUUGGAGCGGGUUAGAGGAAGACGAGCGGAGACGGGCGGACGGGCAGAGCUGGAGGGAGCCGGGCCCGAGGAAGGAAGGAGCCUCCCGGCGAGGCUCGGUGAUCCCUCGGGGGCAGGAUGGCGUCUCUGAGCCCCCGGGGCCGGGGCCGGCUGGCCCUGGCCCUGACCGCCCUGGCCCUGGCCCUGGCCUCCUUGGCCUUCUCCACCAACUACUGGUGCCGGGGAACCCACAAGGUGGUCAAGCCCCCCUGCCUGUCCGCCAUCCGGCACGGCCGCUGCCUCCCUUCCCCCGGCCCCUCGGCCAACCUCACCGGGGGAGGGACUCCCCCUGAUGCCACCCUGGACCCCCACGCCGUGCAGUACAUCUGGGAGACGGGAGAAGACAAGUUCUCCUUUCAGCCGUUCCACGCGGGGUUCUGGUAUUCCUGCGAGGAGCACCUGGGAGAGGAGAUCUGCCGCAGUUUCAUGGACCUGCCCCCUGAGUCGGAGAGAGGAGUGCUGUGGCUAUCAGUAGCCUCUGAAGCCCUGUCCAUCGCCCUGCUGGCCAUCGGGUUCCUGCUGCUGUGCCUGGAGGCCGGAGGCCUGGGUGACCAGCUCCUGGGCUUAAAAGUCAACGCCUUUGCCUCCGUGGUCACCGUCCUGUCAGGACUCCUGGGCAUGGUGGCCCACAUGAUGUUCAUGACCGUGUUCCAGGUCAGCGUCCAUCUGGGGCCCAAGGACUGGCGGCCCCAGAGCUGGUAUUACGGCUGGUCCUUCGGCCUGGCCUGGCUGUCCUUCUCUCUGUGCAUGGCUGCCUCCGUCCUGACGCUCAAUGCCUACACCAAGACGCUGCUGGAGUUCCGCUUCCGCCGACGGAUCUGGGAGCGGGGCGGCCCCCCCCAGCCGCCCGGGGGCCCCCGCCCACCCUGGGGCCCCUAUGUCUUCGGCCUCAGCGACACCCUCCUGCCCACCCCGACCCCUGACCCCGGCUGGGAGCAGUGCUAG